AUGAGGGUGAAGAAGCGGUCGCGGCACCGCAAGGGCACCUUCGUGCACCACCUCCUCGUCCACGGCCUGCUCCCCGCCGACGACGCCCUCCGCGAGCUCCUCUCGGCCGCCCGGGCGCCCCCGCUCUUCACUUCCAAGUGCGUCCAGGCUGAGCUCCGCCGCCUCGGCAAGUCCCACUCUCAGGCAUUCGACGCCGCCCAGCUCCUCGCCACUGCCAGUUGCGAGCAUGACAAAGUGGUCAGUGCAGUGGACUGUAUCCUGUCCCUGGCCGGUGAUAAGAAUCCAGAGCACUACUUUGUCGCCACCCAGGAUUCUGGUCUCCGGGCAAAGCUACGAGAGGUCCCUUGUGUUCCUGUGAUAUACGGUCUGAAGAACUCCUUGUUUAUUGAGCAACCAUCCAUGCAGCAACGUAAGUUUGCUCAGUUGGAUGAGGAGAAGCGUAUUCAUAUGGAAAAAUCAGAAUUUAAGAAGCUAUUGAAGGCGUCAUCGGAAGGAAAGACAUCUGUCGAUGGAAACACACAUGGAGUGGCAGAGAAAAGCAAGUUUAAAAGGAACAGAGCAAAGGGCCCAAACCCACUCUCUUGCAAGAAAAAGAAACCAAAGCCCGAACCGUCAGCUGCUCAAAAUCAGGGUCCGAAGGAUGAUGGCGAGGCGAAGAGGAAGAGGGUUAGGAAGCGCAAGAGAAGCGGCAAAGACAGCAGUCAAGCGGAAACAGUGAGCUGA